CUACCCUCCAGCCUCGACGCCGGAACCCUGACGUCCCUUUCGACAGUCUGUUUGACACAGAAAUCCAUCCACCAUGCGAGGAGAGAUCUGCCACCUUCACAUUGGCCAAGCUGGAACCCAGCUGGGCAACAGCGCCUGGGAGCUUUACCUCCUCGAGCACGGUCUCUUGCCUGAUGGUCGCCCCAACCCCGACGCGAAAGAACUUGGCGAGACUGGUUCUUACGAGACCUUCUUCACCGAGACCGGCAGCGGCAAAUACGUCCCCCGUUCCAUCUUUGUCGACUUGGACCCCUCGCCCAUCGACGAGAUCCGAACUGGCUCCUACCGCCAAUUGUUCCACCCCGAGCUGUUGAUCAGCGGCAAGGAGGAUGCUGCCAACAACUAUGCUCGUGGCCACUACACCAUUGGCAAGGAGAUGGUCGACAGCGUGAUUGAGAAGAUCCGUCGCGUUGCUGAUAACUGCUCUUCCCUCCAGGGUUUCCUCAUCUUCCACUCUUUCGGUGGUGGUACUGGUUCUGGAUUCGGUGCUCUCCUGCUCGAGCGCCUCUCGACCGACUACGGCAAGAAGUGCAAGCUCGAAUUCGCCGUCUACCCUGCUCCUCGCGUCUCCACCUCCGUCGUUGAGCCCUACAACGCCGUUCUCUCAACACACAGCACCAUUGAGAACUCCGACUGCACGUUCCUCGUCGACAACGAGGCUGUCUACGACAUCUGCCGACGCAGCUUGGACAUCCCCCGCCCCAACUACGAGCACCUCAACCGCCUGAUUGCUCAGGUUGUCAGCUCCAUCACCUCCAGUCUGCGUUUCGAUGGUGCACUAAACGUUGAUCUGAACGAGUUCCAGACCAACUUGGUCCCAUACCCCCGUAUCCACUACCCCCUCAUCAGUUACGCUCCUGUCAUUUCGGCCAAGAAGAGUUCCCACGAGAGCUUCAAGGUUUCUGACCUUACCUUCCAGUGCUUCGAGCCCAACAACCAGAUGGUUGUCUGUGACCCACGCAACGGAAAGUACAUGGCUGUCGCCCUUCUGUACCGUGGUGAUAUCGUUCCCCGCGACUGCUCGGCUGCCGCCGGUGCUCUCAAGGCCAAGUCAUCCUUCAACUUGGUUGAGUGGUGCCCCACUGGUUUCAAGCUCGGAAUCAACUACACCAAGCCCAUCAGCGUUCCCGGAAGCGAACUUGCCUCUGUCGACCGAAGUGUUGCCAUGCUUAGCAACACCACUGCCAUCGCCGAGGCCUGGUCUCGUCUUGACCACAAGUUUGAUCUCAUGUACUCGAAGCGUGCUUUCGUUCACUGGUACGUUGGUGAAGGUAUGGAGGAAGGAGAGUUCUCCGAGGCCCGUGAGGAUCUGGCUGCAUUGGAGAAGGACUACGAAGAGGUUGCCAACGACUCUCUCGAUGAUGAGGGUGUUGAGGAGGGCGAGUACUAA